AUGUUGCUGAAUCAGUCCCCGCAGGGGUCUUUCAGUGUUCCUGUUAACAUCACCCUGCAGGGCGCGCGGCGACGACACAUGCGAGACGUCAUUCAGGAAAAUGGAGGCAAGUGGAAGAACGCGCGGGAGAUGAAGGGCAACGAGAAAGCCAGAGCUCAAAUCCCCGAGUCCAGCGUAGGAGAAGACCGAGCCGUUCUCUUGGGCUUCACCAUGAUGACCUUCUCCAUCCUCACAUACUUUCUGGUGGGAAUCGUGAUGGUGAAACCAAGUCUCUACAGUGACUGGAAACCUAAGAACUGCACGCUGGUGAAUAUUGAUUUGGUAGAUGAAGUGAUGGAUUGCCGUGGCAUUGAUGGCUUUAAAUGCCUGCGUGUUCUGGUGAACAGCACCCCUGAAAAAACACUCCGACUUUACCACGAUGAAGACACUGUCAAACAAAAGCCAAAGUGUUUCUACAUUCCGAAAUGCCAACGAAACAAGACAGACCAAGAGGCUGAGGCCAAUAACAUCACAAAUGGGUUAAAGCUCAUGGAGAAUGGGGAGAAUAUCACGUGCUAUCUCAGUGCUGCACACCCAAAUGACGCCAUCUUCAGGAGGAAAUACACCGUUCAAAUGGCCUUGUACUACCUGCUGUGGCCCAGCCUCAUGUUGUUCGGUGGAAUCCUGCUGGUGGGGCUGGUGAAGCUCAACCAGCAUCUUGCUUUCCUCUGCACUGAGAUCAGAAGAGAGGAGUUACUGGGCAAGCAGAGUAAAGUGACGGAGGGAAGGAUCUACAGGCUCUUAAGAUGGAGGCCUGGAGGACCCACGGAGCAGCACGACCCAGUUAGAUAG